CUAAACCUAGAUAUAAAAUUAUUUCUUAGAUAUGUUUUUUGCAUUAAAGACUAUCUUUAUUUAAUUCAGCAAAAGAAAAAAAGAGUAGUAAUUGUGUUAUUUUGCCUAGUUUCUAAGAUUCCGUUAGUUAUGUGCUGCAAACAAAUGUGAUGCUACUUGUUAAUUAGUGAGCUUUACAGGUGUUGGUAGAUGGAUUUUUUUUAAUUGGACAGAGCCAGACUAGCUGUUUCCCCCGUGCUUCCAGGCUUUAUGCUAAGCUAAGCUAAUUGUAUCCUGGCUCUAGCACCAUACUUAGCGUACAGACACGACAGUGGUAUCAGUCUAAAUAUCUAACUUGGCGAGAAAGCGAAUAAGCUUAUUUCCCCAAGUGUUGAACUAUUCCUUUAACAGAUAUUUGGGAUACUAGUGUGACAGCAAUGCAGUCCACUUUAUAAUGUUCAAAUCAAGCCUGGGAAUAAACUGCAGAGAAAGCCUCGACGUGUCCAGCUGACUUCCUGUGGUGAUGGAUGUCCUGUGAGGCUCUGCGAUGUAUAGGAGCUGCAGUCGGCUAACGCCGCCCUCCAAGGAGGGCACAGAGCUUAGUUCAACUCUGACAAAUGUCCGCCUGGUAUGUGGGAGCUGGAGGAAGGGAUGCCUUGUUGAAUACAGGCUGGAUGAUAAGAUAAACCUCCUGCCUCUCAGCUGCUGGGUGACUGACUGCACUCAGCUGAUCACUUGUUGUAGUGUAAGUGAAAAUCAAAACAUUCAUUUAUGCCAUUCUGCUCUUGAAAUACAUUAUGCCCAUCUCAGUGUGCAUCAGUUUGAUGCUAAAAAGGCCCAUAAAAAGCCCUCCAUAUACUUUAUUUCAACUCUUUACAUUUUACAUUUACAGAAGCACUUUGUGAUUUGGUGUACACAUACCUCUUACUCAGUUUUUUGAAUCUCACUUUGAUUACUUUAAUGGCAUGUUGCAUUUGAUGAAAGCUUGGACUUGGACAAACUCUUACUGUCAUGGUGACCAAUAAUUCUUAUGAGUAUCUUGCUCAUAUCAUUUUCAUUUUUUUAAUAUCAGUUUGCUUUCUUGGCAUGUCAUGUACUGUAAAUACAUUUGUGUUGCCAAAGCACAAAGAGAAGGAAAACAGUCGAUAGAGGAGAUUACAAACUGGUUAUGUAAGAAAACAAUGAAUAUUAAACAAAAUCAUAAUAUAUUAUAACUAUAUAUCUCAUAGGGCGAUCUUAGAUAUUGAUGCAAUGCACCAGUGGCAUGAGGUGAUUUUCUUUGAUAUAGCUAACAUGUUAGCAAACAGUUGCAUAUUUACACAUUCAGAAAACAUUCAGUUUGGUGCUCAGAAAUGACUGUCUGAUACCCAGUCUGUCUUCUAGUGUUAUAUGUGUUUCCAGUCUGAUUGGACUAAUACAUUCCUGUCAGAAGCUCAGUAUCACUUCACUUUGGUGGCCACACGACCAGAGUCAGUUGUAUUUGUUUUCGGUACAGCAUUGGAAAUAAAGCUCAGUACACAGUGUCAGCAGCAUAUGCAAAGUUUAUACAUCACACACAUUAUAUAUGGAAUUGAAAGCAGAUGUAGGCUUACAUAUUCUUUUUCAUCAGCUGUCACAAGGCAAGAAGUUAAACUUUUUGCCAUCCCUGCUUUUCCAACUUUCUCCCUCCUGGCUGUACUGCUGCUCCACUAUCAGCGCCUGUGUCUAUAUCUUGAUCUUUCUCUCCCUAUCUAGCUCCCCCUCUCUCCUCUCUAAUGACAGUCAGCAGGGCUGAUAGGCAGAUAUAUUUACACUGGUGGCAAGGGAGGAAGAAGUCAUCAGCCAAGCCCUGUCCAGCCUCCGGGCUCUGGCAGGCGGGGCUUAGAGGAAACCCUGGCUGGUCAGCCCCUCCCCGAGCAGGGCAUAUCUCUCUGUGCUGUCCCCGGCCCUGCUCAGAGCUCUCAGCUAGAUGGGACCAAAGCUUCCCGCAGACUCACGCACUCCCACAUUAGCCCCUGGGGGAGAGAGAGCCGAAAAGAGGAGGCAGGAAGAGAAAGCAGCGCACAGCGAGCAGAAGGCUGCUGCUAGUGUGCACACUGGCUGAGAGAGAUACAACAAGAAAGCCUGUGUGUGUGUUUUAUUUAUUUUUUCUUACGCUAGUUUUCUUCUACAGCUGUUGAUGAGGCAGGCUGGGUCGGCUCCAUCUCAUCUCAGUCUGGCGCUCAGAGGUGGCCAGGGGGGUCGAAGUGUGUGUGACUUUAUUUUGCUACUUUUGAACACUGGAACUGUACUGUAAGCAUUAUGACUCUUCUGGGCUCUGAACACUCCAUACUGAUACGAAGCAAGUUUAGAUCAGUCCUACAGUUAAGACUUCAGCAGAGGAGGACACGAGAGCAGCUGGCAGACCAAGGCAUCAUGCCUCACCCAGCCUCAGACGGCUCCUCUCUGGAGGCCCAGCUGAGGCUAAAGCGAGCGCGGCUCGCCGAGGACCUGAAUGAGAAGCUGGCUCUCAGGCCGGGGCCCCUGGAGCUGGUCCAAAAGAAUAUCAUUCCCCUAGACUCUGCCGUCACAAUGACAGUAAACCAUGGUAAGUUUCCUAAGCAGGAGGACUCUUAUGCGUUUGAGGAGGACAGCAGCAGUGAGAGUCUGUCUCCAGAGCAGCACCACAGUGAUGAGUCGCAGGGCUCGGCCUGCCCUUCAUCUGAGGCUGUCGGCAGUACGCCCUCCUCCUCCUCCUCACCUGCCCUCACCAGCCCACGACAGGGAGGUGCAACCCGAGACCCACCUGAUCAAAGCCAGGAUGAAGGGCUCUCUGGUGCCAACAACAGCCAGGCUACUCCCCCAAUACCUGUUCCUGCUAUUGUCAAGUCCAAGACGUCAGACAAGAACCGACACAAGAAGCCCAAAGAUGUGAAGCCAAAGGUGAAAAAGCUCAAGUACCACCAGUACAUUCCUCCGGACCAGAAGGCAGAGAAGUCCCCUCCGCCCAUGGACUCGGCCUACGCCCGACUCCUCCAGCAGCAGCAGCUCUUCCUGCAGCUGCAGAUCCUCAGCCAGCAGAAACACGCUCACACACAUCCACAGUCGCAGCAGUCGCAGCAGCACACACACACUCCACAGACACAGGCCCAGGCCCAGGCUCAGCAGCGGCAGCCCGCUUUCAGCUACCAGCCUCACCCGUCGACCCAAACCCAGAAAGGAGCCAGUGAGCAGCUAUCAGCUUGUAGCUCCAGCGGUCCAUCCAGCCAAACCAACAGUAACUCCUCCUCCCCGGUCAAGAACACAUAUCCCAACCAAAGCAACAUCUCACCGGUCAAACCUGGGCCCCUGCCAGCUAAUCUGGAUGACCUGAAAGUAUCAGAGCUCAGGCAGCACCUGCGUAUUCGCGGCAUGCCCGUCUCCGGCACCAAGACGGCCCUCAUCGAGCGACUCCGACCCUUCAAGGACUCCAACGCCGGCUCCUCGCCCUCAGGCUCCUCUGACAUCACCACAGUGACCUUCCCUGUCACACCCACAGGGUCCCUGUCCUCCUACCAGUCCCCGUCCUCCUCUAGCGCCCUGUCUCAGGGAGGCUACUACCCUUACCCCAGCACCUCCUCCACCCCUCCCAUCUCUCCGGCCUCCUCGGAGCUGUCCCUCAGCGGCUCGCUCCCCGACAGCUUCAGCGACGUGCCCAUGUCCUCACCAACACAGUUCGCCCUGCAGCCCUCUCCGGCCCAGCUCAGCAUGGAGGACGGCCUGGGAGGAGGCAGCCUGGGCGGCGGAGGACCGAGGGUGGGGGAGGGUGGAGGUAUGGAUGGCAUGGAAGCUGAGAAAGAUAAGAUGCUGGUGGAAAAGCAGAAGGUGAUUGAGGAGCUGACGUGGAAGCUGCACCAGGAGCAGAGACAGGUUGAAGAGCUGAAGAUGCAGCUCCACAAGAGGAAACGCUGCUACGGAGCAACACAGGACACCGUCCCUCCAUCUCACCCCUCCAUGCACCACCAGCAGACUCCAGCCAUGAUGGGCCAGCACUUCUUUGGGGUGACUAUCAAGCAGGAGCCCAUGUCUUUGUCCUCCAGCUGCCCUCUGUCCUCUCCCAAACACCUGAAGAGCUCUCCUGGCAGCUGCAUGGAGGAUAUGGGACACUGCAACAACCCCCUCUCCAAUAUGGGGGGCCCCAGCGGGCCACAAUGUAUGGACACAACCCCUUCCUCUGGCAGCCCCUCCACAAUGUCUGCUUUCCUCAGUCCACAGUGCUCACCACAAGACUCGCCCAUUGGAAAGCCUUCUAGUAGCCCCCAGCCUUCGUCUCCUAAUAACCCCUACUUGUUAUCACCUCCGCUGGGAAGAGACGGCUGCGGUCACCCCCACUCCCAGGGCAAUAACAGAGCACGCAACAUGCAGAUGCAGCAUAAGAAUGGUGGCCACGCGGUGAACUGUUCUUAUCCUUCUGACCAAAGAGGCCUUCCGGGAGUCUUUCCCAACUCAACUGAUUGUGGCCAAAGCGGCUCAGCCAAAGCUGAGAACCAGAAUAUGCAAUCAAAGAUGUCAGUAUUGCCCUCUCCUCGGCAUGUUGGCCAAAAGUGCCAGGUCUCUCCCCCUGCCUUCAGUAGCUCAGAUUCAGAUGCAUCUGACUUAAGACAGCCCCCAUGCUAUGAGGAUGCAGUCAAGCAGCAACUGACCAGAAGUCAGCAGAUGGAUGAACUUUUGGAUGUGCUCAUAGAGAGCGGAGAGAUGCCAGCUAACGCCAGAGAAGAGAGGGAGAGGUCCUCUGUAACCAAAGUUGUGCCUCACAUUACUGUGUCCCCAGGGUGUCCCGGCCUCCUCAUCCCGAGGUUCCACAGACACUACGAACACCCGUCCCCCAGCCAGCUCCCUUACGACCACUCGGCCAAUCACAUCACUGAGAGCCACCUGGAGACUCUGCUGGGAAGUCCAAUUGGCCGGGGAGGGGAGGUGGCCCUUCUUAAAAUGGCUACCGAGGACGGGGGGCAGGAAGAUGAAGGGAACAGAGAUGGCGAAGGGUACGGCAGCCCCCACAACCACCACCGCCACCCUCACCAUCCCCAGCAGGACAAACUAAUGACCAACAGAGAUCUGAUGGACACCCCUCUGUCGCCCAUCAGCGCCAAGGUGUCCGCCGUCCCCGAGGUGCAAGGGAUGGUCAGCAUGACUUUCAGCGAGACGCCGUGGGAGACGAUGGAGUGGCUGGACCUGACGCCACCCAGCUCGGCCACGGCCUUCAGUGUUGCUCCACCCAGUGGGCCCAGCAUCUUCAACACAGAGUUCCUGGAUGUCACAGACAUUAACUUGAACUCUGCCAUGGACCUUCACCUGGAGCACUGGUGAAAGCAACACCGCCGCCAAAGUGCUGGCUAGCAACACGCUAGCCACCAGCUGUCAAACGCAAGACACCAGCUUGCAAGUACCUGUGCGGACCACUCAUAUCAGCUACGAUCAUACCAAAGAACUAUUGAAUUCUACCUUAACUGCUUCAGUCCAAGUGCCAGAAUUUGCCUCUUGCUAUAAUACAUACAGUGGGAUGUGACAUUAAGUAGACCAUUAGCCUUUAUCAAAAGAUUGACGGCUAAGUCAGAAGUUUAACUACAUAAUUAUAUUUUGACUUAUUUUCUCCACUUCGCUGAAAUGAGGUUCUCAUGUUGUUGUUAUACCCAGAAUCCAAAGACUAGGUGCUUUUUGACAUGAUCUUUGUCCUUUUCGGACAACGAUGCGCACAACUGCCAAAUAAGUAUGACAGUGGACACAUGAAGGAUUUACUAGAUAAUGGAAAUACAUGAUUACAGUGCUUUAUACCAACACUUUAUGCAAUAUCAGUGUUACGCCACCUAGACUUGAAGACACAUUUUGACAAUCAUUGUAUAUUUUCGGAGUCUAUGUUUUGUAUUACUGGAAAAAAAACCCGAAAGGAAUUACAAGGUGAAUUGGAUUGCUUCGAACGGCCAUUUUGUAAAUACCUUAACUAUCUGUACUGACAGAGACAAGUUGACGUCUGCAUAUUUUGUCAGUGGUGUGGGAGAAGACACAAACCACAAAUCAAGUGUAUUAUGUAAUCAGUUAAUCAAUUGAUGUAAAUAUGACCCAAAUAUCUCACUGUGCACCUCUAGUUAAAUACACAUUUGUCACAGUUUGCUUGAGCUUAGAAUAUGUGUGUAGGAACGGUUGUCAUUCCUUUGAAGGACCUUUUUUUUACAAGUUUCUUUACGCUAUUUGGCAUAUUUAUCCGCAGAAUGACAUUAUGGAGAGAAAUGAAUGUCUUUGAAAAACCUUUGGUCUUAUUGGUUUUAAUCGGCAGACAAACUGUGCCUUAUUUACAACAGCUUUUUAUUACAAAUUAUUUAUACCACUUUCCCCAUUACAAUGUAUUAUUAAUUUGAUAUUUCCUGAAAGCUGUUGUCAGAUAUUAAUAUAGAAAGCUCCAACAUAAGUCAGUUUUUCUUUAGUUGCAAAAUCAGACAAAUGUUAAUGAAAAGUACAACUUCAUCUCUUAUUUUUUCUUAUUAAGUAGUUUUUUGUCCAUACAAAUUUCACCCUUUCUAUUCAGGCCAAUCAGUUAUUUAUUUUGUGUUUUUAUAUUUAUACUUUAUCCUGUAUUUAUACUGACAUUCCUUUCUAAUAGAUAGGGGCUCUUUGAUUUACCAGAAAACUCCAGUGCUGCCAUUUGACCACGGACAUUUCUUUGUAAAUCAAUUCUCUUACAAAUGUGAUGCAAAGUGAAGGAACCACUUUGAAAAGCCAUGCUUUCUUAAAUCACUUUUCUAUAAAGAAUCAUAUGAAGUGGAAAUGUCCAUUAUUAGCACUUGUGAAUAGGAAAAUGUAAUAUAUUCAGAUCUUUACUGUGAAUACUGCAUAUUAACACAGCAUAAACUUGUACCAGAGCCAGCCUAUACACACACAGUAGUUAAACUAAUGAGAGGAUUUCAGACUCAAAACACCUUUAAGGCUUUAGUUUUGGUCAGUAAUUGUCUGUUUCCCACACAUGUAAAAACUUAAAGGAGUCAAAUUAAAAGAUUGAUACCGCUCUCAUAUCUAUACGCUAAAUAUAAGGCUUCAGCCAGCAGACCGUUAGCUUAACUUGCAUAAAGACUAGAAACUGCCUGCCAGCACCUCUAACUUACUUAAUUCUCUUUGUCUCCUGUGGAACAUAAGGCCACAAUGGGCGUCCUGUGUUUGAGCCUCUCCCUUUGCUAGCUGUCUGUCACCCACACCUCUAAUGCUCACUAAUUAAUAUAAUUAAUAUCUUGUUUGUUUAAUCCAGCACGUAACCCCCCCCCCCCGUUAAAUCCCAACUUGUUUUUACACUUUGGUUUUUGCAUGAUUUAAACAAAUGAAAUAUAUUGUGUUAAUUAGUGAGCUUCAUUGGUGCUGGUAGGGGGAUUUCAUUACGCACGGACCAAGUCAUGCUAGUUGUUUGCUUGUGCUAAGCUAAGCUAACCGUGUCCUGGCUCCAGCUUUCUAUUUACCGGACAGAUACGAGAGUGGUAUCGAUCUUCUCAUCUGACUCUCAGCAAGAAAGCAAAGAAGUCUACUUCCCAAAAUGUCAAACUAUUAAGCUUAAGUGCAUUGGCCAAUACAUUUCUUGCAUUUACAGUUAUGUCCUCUGUAAACAUGGGUCUCACGGUGUUCUGUUUAGACCAAAUAUUGCUUUUUUUCCUGUUACUUAUGAAGUGUUGCACUUGUUAAAUGGGUUGUAUGGUUACAUGUAGACUAUUAAUGCCCAUCUUGAAUAUAUGACAAAGCUGAUAUUCUUUACUUUCUGUGUUCUGUUGUAAGAAUAUCUACUGGCCUUUUUUUAUCUGGUGGGGUUCAUUUUGCAAUAAUUUCCCCUAAUCAAAAACAUCACAUCUGACAGAAGCUUCCAUGUUGCUUGGCCACUGACUUGCUUUACUAUUGUAAAAACCAAAAAAACUAAACAAAAAAAACCAAAAAAACAGUAUUUGCCUGCAUCCCUGUAUAUUACAGAAAGAAGAGCAAUAAACUUAUCACAGCAAAAUCAUUGCUACAGUUACUUUUUUAUUCAUGUCCAAUUCACAAGAAGCACACAAUACAGGUUUUUAAUCUUUUCCAUGGGAACUUUAUUUGUAACCCUCGAUAAAGAUACAAUAUAAUAUUCAUCGCCCUUAAUAUUAUUUUAUAAUCUAAUAUGAACAUUCUAGUAAAUUGCAAUUUAUACAACAUGUACCCUGGAGAUUCAUAUUCCCCAGUGGUAAGUUAGCUUCCUGGAAAUGUAUCCCAUCAGAUCUGAAGACUGUUUGCAGUGAAACAGCUCCGUCUGUCGGUCAAAUGAGACUGUGGGCUUUCUCAGGGGUUUGCACCAUUUUGCAUUACAGAUAGAAAUGGAAGAACAGAGCUGACAGAAUUCUCCAUUUGAACUAUAGAGAGACUCAUGUCUGGUCUACACUGCAUCUCCACCAACUUGGUUGUAAUGUUUUAUCCCCUUCCAAAUAAGCCACAAGUAUUCAAACAAGUCUGUUUUUAAUGAGUGACCCAAAACUCCCCGACACAUCCCGAUGAUGGUGGCCAUUUUCCAACCUGGCUGACAUCUGUAGAGGACUAUGUCAUAUAAUUUUAAAUAAAAUGUGAAGGGAAACACCAGCGAUUUUUACAUAUGUCAAUUUACUAGUCAUCAGGAGUACUAUUCAGCCCCUGAAAACAGUGGUAUAAUGUCUUCGGUGGCUCUGGAGGAGCUUUGUCAAGUCUGAGAAAAUAACCUGAUGACGUCAUCAGGGUCAUUCCUUUUGGUUUUGGAGCUUUCCCCAAAUGAAGGACUAAAAGUCAGGAUAUCUCGGCUUCUGCUACAUCAAUUUUGACCAUUCUUUUUUUAAUGUGUCUCUUCCAAGACUCCCAACUUUAUGAAAGUACAAUACUAAAAUCGCUGGAGUGGCCCUUUAAGUACGGCAAUUCCUUUAAUGUAAUGAAACUAAAUGUAAUAAAGUGUACAGUGGGAAAAAACCCCAAUAAAAACUUGAACUGUGACAAUGUCGAUCAGUGUCGAAAACAGUCUAAAAAUGUAUUUUCACAUUAAGCUAAAAGAGUAACAAAAAUAGUAAUACUCCAAUAGAUAAAAUAUCACCCAACUGAUCUUGUAUCAUGUAACAAAGUCAACUGUUGACUUAAGUUACUUUAUACUCUUGGCUUAUUACCGUAUAGGCUAUGUUACAUUAAAUUACUUUACAUUAUUAGUAUUUGCUAGGUUAAAGGAUAAGGCUGGCAAUAUUCAAUGUUAUAUUAUUGGGAUUUGUUGACAAAAAAGAAAAUAUACACAAUGCCAUCCUUAUCCUUUAAAGUAAUUUUUGAUUAAAUUACAAAUCUCUACAGCGUCCUAGUCUUGAAGGACCACCAUCCAUACAGACAGUUUGGUUAAAUAGCUAACUCCAAGUUGUGUGAUGUUUGUCCACCAACUACCGCCUGGUACACAUGGCUUUCUGAGAGGAAAUGACGGCGGGUGGAUCUCAAUAGUCUCAAAGUUGCAAAGUGGCUCCCCUUCACCUGCCCUGGUAUGGUAAACUGUAGUAUAUCAGUGCCGGUGGAGGAAGACUGGUGAGGGAACGCGUUUCAGACUAUGGAGACGCAUCCCGUGUAAUACAUGGUUUGGCGUGGGAAACAUUCUAUCAUCAGUGCAAGCCAGAGAGACAUGCCGAGUCACGGAGGAACAUGCUGAGUCCAUGGUGACCUUAAGGGUCAAAUAGCAGUAACUAUGGGAGGAGUGAUCUUCCUCCUCUCCUGACAGUUGUGUGGUUGGUACAGAUGUGGACAUUAUGUCAUUUAGCAGCAUUUAUGGGUGUCAUUUUUCUCAACAGGAAACCCUUGCCAGGACUUUUAAAAAAAAAAUGUAGUUACUACUGUUUGCCUUUGUAUGGCAGCAUGGUGGAUCUGUGAUCAGUGUGGAUGAGGAGUUUAACUGUACAGUGCUAUGACAGGAGGCUGAGGAACUUUACGGCUCAUUCUCAAACUGAAACAUACAGACACUUUCAUUCUGCAACCGGCACCCAAAUCUCCUCACUCUUUGAUUUGAUCAUCUCUGUGUUUAGGAAUGAGCCUAAACUGUCAACCAGAACCUGUCAGGAACAGCAGAUUAGAUGUACUAUAUACAUACAUUUACAUCAGUGGACAUAAUCUCCCAAAGUAACUUUACAUCAGGCAAUGUAGCGUUGGAUUAGCCCCAGUUUGUGCCUCCCUCACAGUCACAGAGCUAAGCAUCCAUUUUUCUGACCGCUGAUGAUCUCUGAAAAACCCAGAAGGUUGCUUAACAACACUUCUAGAAUAUUCACAGACUCUUCUGUCCAUCUGGAUCAAAAUUAUUCUGUCCGUAAUAUAAAAAAGAUUUUUAACCUGCUUCCCAAGUUGCGACUUCAUUUCCUAAUCCAAACAAAGAUGCUAAUGAUAGCUGGAAAUUCCAUAUCUCCUUGCUUACUUUUUGCAAUGUAAACCAAAAUUAAAAUGUUUUAGCAUUAGGUAUAUUUGUAUAUAUGAAUGUAAUUUGCCAUUAUUUUUUUAUUUUCAUACAUAACAUGUUUAUAUUCUUUUGCCGUACAAAAUGAGCAAGUUGAUAUGUCAUUUCUGUAAGGUUGGGGUCCUAUCCUGAUUAGCUAAACUCCAAUGCUAGCGAAUCUUUUAUCGAAACCAUCUUCGUCUUUUUUAUUAGCAAAGAGUAAUAUAGAAAACAUUUAGGUAGCAAGUUUCUCCUUUUUAGCCGCGCUUAUCGUCACUUUCACUGGUUAAGAUGACAAACAUCACCAACAACAGAUUAAAUCAGCUGUAGCUACUUGAUGCUAAUUCUGUAACGGCUAAAAUGAAACUUUUGGCUCAUAUCUGGUUAAUGUUCUUUCUGCAAAUGCCUGUACUAAAGCCAAAUAUCUUGCUUUCUCAGCCAACAAAUGACAUGAAAUGCUAGUUUAGUUAUUUAUAACUUUAGUUACUUGCAAAUGUUGAAAGCAAAACUUUAUUAGAUCAUUCGAACCGCAUUCCAGUUCAAUAAAAUACUAUCAAACCCUCCGUUUCCAGAUACCGUGUUAUUUUGGGAUUAGGAAACAGUCUACCGGUAAACGGGUUACCUUUUUUUGUUUUUUACUGUGCAGUGGACAAAAUGUUGUUUGAUACAGAUGGACAGAAGAGGCUUCAAAACUAUAUAAAUAAACUAAUUAAAUUAAUUUAUAUUUUUAUUUUAUAUAGAUUAUAUUUUAGAAAACCAGAUGCUUAGCUCUGUGACUGUGACUCUGAUGUAAUGUUAAUAUAUGAAAGGUACAAACUGGGGCUAACACUGGAUGUGAGAAACGUGUCAAGACAAACUCUCACAGAUUGCAUAUGGAAAAA